AUGGGGAUGUCAUACUUUGGAUGUCAUGUCUGCAUUAGGAAUGCCGCAUUUGUCUUCCGAGGCUCCGGUGUGGAUCUCGCACUGCGGCCGCCUCGCCUUGGCUGGGGAGAACCUCGGUGGGCAGGAUUCAGAGGGACUUUCGGUUUCCCGUUUUCCACACUGAACCCUUCUAACUGGUCUCUGACACUGAUUAUUCAGGGCUGCAAACAGGAAGGAUUUUAUUCACCGUUGAUGCGGCCCCGAGUUGUUCCAAAGCGAGGCAGUGCCCCCAAUGUCUGUGCUGAGGAGAACGCUGCUCUGCCUUCGCAGUGUCCCCCGGUAUCUCCGAAGUCUGUGCAGAGGAGAACUCAGCUCCGCCCUCGCGAUGCUCUCUCGGUCUGUGCUGAGGAGAAGGCAGCUCCGCCCUCGCAAAGGCAGAGCGCCCUUAGCAAAGGCAGAGAGGCGCAGAGCGCCGGCGCAGGCGCGGAGAGGCACAGAGCAGGGCAGGUGGCACCAACAGCGCGUCCCUCAGGCCUCCAGCGCACGCAUUCCAGCGGCCACCCAGACCAUGCUCCGCCGACUGGGCGCCCAAGCUGCAGUCGCCCUCUGUGUGCAGGCAGCAGCUGCCUGGCAACCCCCGAGCCCGCUCGCGCUGCCAGCAUCGCAGAACCAGGGCCAGGUGUCCCAGUGGCUGCGGCCAAGCCAGGCAUUCUGACCGGCGGCGGCGGCUGCACAGGAGCGAGAACUGAGAACCCGCCGCUCAACCACACACGGGGUGACUGCUGAGGGCCCAUACCAACGGCCCCGAUCUCCCUCAGGUGGAGGACUGGGCGGGAGGCACGGCCUGGGGGCCCUCAGGCUGGGCGCGCUGGCGAUCCCGAGGCCGACCAGGCCAUGCACCUCCAGCCUGCCUGGGCACCCAAGCUGCAGCCGCCUUCUGUGUGCAGGCAGCAACCUCCAGGCAACUCCCGAGUCCACCCUCACUUCCCACAUCUCGGAACGAGGGCCAGAUGUCCCUGUGGCUGGGGCCAAGCCAGGCGGUCUGCCCUGCAGCAGCUGCACAGGGACGGGAACUGGCCCUCAGCCCUAUCCCCCGUGGCUGCAGAGGGCCCUUGGCUAGAGGUGUCCAGCUCUGGCAGAGGAGGAGCCGGGAGAGGGCAGGGUCUGGCGGGCUCUCAGGCCAGGGGCACUCGCGAUCCAGAGGCCACCCAGGCCAUGCUCCACCACCUGGGCGCCCAGCUACAGGCGCCAGGCAACUCCCAAGCUGGCUGGCGCGCCCAGCCUCGCAGACCCGGGCCUGGAUGUCGCCGUGGCCGCGGCCAAGCCAGGCGGUCUGCCCGGCGGCGGCUGCACCGGGGCAGGAACCGACCCUCAGCCCCAUCCCCGGUGGCUGCGGACGGCCCCUGGAGCGGCCCCGACCUCUCUUCCGAGGAGAAGAGGGGCGGGAGUCACGGCCAGGCAGGCCCUCAGGUGGGAAGGGAUGUGCGCCUGCGAUUCCGGGACGUACCGCGCCAGCCCAGGAAAACCCGGAAGCCAGCAGCUCCUGUUUCUCUGUGUGAUUCUGUGAGGAACCACCAAAUUGUUUGCCACGGCGAGUGCAUCAUUUUCUAUUCCUAG